CGCUUCUCCCACCCGCUUUUUCCUCUCUCUCUCCCUCUCUCCUCCUCAUUGGUGAUCUUCCCCCUGCUCGUGCUCGUUGCCCACUCCACCCACCUUUCACUCUCUCCCGGACUUGUGGCCCAGCCUUUUGCCUUCCGCACACUUCUCCGGGCCAUGCUCGCGCCGCUCGCUCGCCGCUCCGCCCGGGCCGCCUCUCUCCUGCCCGGCCGGGGCUCGGUUAUCUCGCACGGGGCACGCACGGCCGCGGCGCUCGUUAGCCCCGCCACCUCGGAGUCCCUCCCGCCGGCCGGUCUGUAUGGCCGCGCCCCCAGCCGGGGGAUUGUCCUUUUCCGCGCGCGGAUGGCGCGGGCCCGCGGAACGCAGCUGCCCUUGACGCCAAGCGCCCCGACGGCCACCGUCCCGCCCUCCUCGGCCCAGGGCACCCUGUCGCCCAUCCAGCUCCCUGAGCAGAUGCCCUUCCUGACCAUUCAACGCUAUCUGGACAAGCCGCUCCAGUCGAAUAUGUUGUUGCUCAUUGGCCAGCGGGGCAUCGGCAAGACGCGCCUCAUCGAUCGGACCCUGGCGCGACUGGCGCACCCGAACAUCCGGCUCCCGGGCGAGGAGGCCGGCGCGCCGGAGCGCCCAGGCUCGGCAUCCGCCACGGCUGGCGACCUCGGUGGCCGGGUGGCCCUCGGUCUGGUGGAUCCCACCGACCAGGACGUCCACACGAUGCCGGGCAUCCGUCCGCCAGCUCCCUACUCCCUGGAUGAGGGGACCCUCUUUGCGGCCAAUCCCCCGGUCCGCAGCGUGUCCACCAUAACCACGGGGCUGGUGCCAAUGCGCGCCAUCCCGGACGCCCCGGCACGGGUGUUCUUCGACGGCCAGGCCCCGACCGGGCCGGCCGGUGCAUCUCGGCGUCUGGUGGUCUUCCAGGGUUUCGAUGGCUGCCGCACGCCGCUGGACUUUGGAGUCGGGUCGCCGCUCUGGGAGCAGGUGUCCCCAGCGUCCCCGGCCCCCUUUCACCAGCGCCUCCGCGGCUUGGAGCUGUCCUUCUCGCAGGCCUUCACCAAUGCGCCGUCCAAUGUUUUUGAAGCCCUGCGCGAUCGCCUGCACCGGGUCCCCUCGGAGCACCCGGUGACGCACUUUGCCGCGGCGGCCGACGACCCAAACUGCCCCCGGCUGCGGUAUAGCUCCAAUGCGCCGCCCGAUUACCGGUCAUCCAACCGGGUGCCGAGUCUUGGAAUCGGGGUGGCCGCACGCGUGAGCCAGCACCUGGGCGACCUGGCCGCCGGGCGGGCCCUGGCUGACACGGUGCUCGACUAUUCGGCCGUCGAUGCGGCUCUGCUCACCUCGGUGCUGGAAAAGCUGAAGACCGCCGAGCCGACUGCCUGGCUGGCGGCCAUCGAGGCGGAGCUGCUCCCUCAGGUCCGACUUCGCGGCGAGCCAGCGACACAGGAUGCCGGGAGCCUCGGCCCCCGUUCGAAUGAUGCUGCCCGACUGGUGGGCCUGCUGGUGGAUGCCCUUGCCGGGGCUGAGCACCGGCAGGCAUGCCGCCGAGCGACCGAGCCGCUCGAUGCCGCAGGCACUCGCGAUGGUGCUCUCACACUGCCGGCCUUGCUGGAGCUGGCGUCUGUGGCCUCUGGCCAGGGGACCGUCAUCAACUUGGUCCUCCGGGGGUUCGGCUCCUCGGCGGAUGGCAGCCGAGAGGUGGUUUACCAGUCCGGACCUCCGACCGGGCCGCCCCCUCCCUUCCGCCCGACUCCUGCGCCGCCGGGCCUCUCCGCCUCCGACGAGUAUGACCUCCGUCGGGAGUAUGCCUUGUUUGAUUCCAUGUUCGCGCGGUACUGGGGCAAUGAGUUUGACGGUUUCAACCUCAGCGCCCCGAUGCUGGUGGACAUGUCCGACUCUUCCUUCAUGCGUGUGGACACCGAGGAUAAGAUUUUGCUGGCCUUCCGCUCGCAUCGCGUUCGCAUGGCCGAGAUGCAGCCCGCCCACUGGCUCAGUGCGGAGAUUGCCCUCGGGCGGGAGCUGGCGCCACUGCUGGGCCUAGAGCGCACGGCCCCGGAGCUGAGAUUCCCCCUGGACGAGUGGGACUUCCAGCCGAUUGAGCAGGCCCAGGUGAGCAUGGAUUUGGUCCUGCAUCGCCAGGGGAAGCUGGUCUCCUCCAACCCCCGGACCCUGGACUCGGAUGUCGGGCGCAAGUACCUCGCGUACCUGGACCGGGAAAUUCCCCGAUCCGUGGGAGACUUCCUGCCGGUGUUGGCGAACCGCCUGGCUCGACUUCGGGCGUCCGGGUCCCUUGGGGCCCUGGCUGGCCUGCUGCACCCGCUGCGUCUGCUCCACGAGCCGGCGCGCAUGAUCGAUUCGCGCCAGCCGCCCUAUCCCUCGGCCGAGACGCCCAAUGUCCUGGCCUACAUGAAGUACCUGCUGCGGCCGCUCUGGUCCAAGGGUGAUCCGUGGGCCGAGUCCGCCUGGCGCGGCUACCACCGGGACCUGCACCAGUACCUGGGCACGGCCCCGGGGGAUCUCCACGCAUACGCUCAGACUGUGCGCCAGCUCGAGGCCCCGGGCGAGGCGGGGCUGGCGAUGGCCGAGAAGUUGGUCGCCGCUGCCCAGGCAGACCCGCUCCUUCGGCGGACGCGUCUCCUCCGGGCGGCUGAGCUGUCUCUGCGGGAUCGUCGGGCUGGCACUGACCUGGCCGGCUUGUCGCCGACGGCUGCUCUGUGGCGUGCCUCGCGGCUGGCACGGUCCCUCGUCCCGGAUCCCCGUCUGGCGCAGCAUCUGCCAGCCGCCCUGACUCCCGCCCGCCGGGACAUCCACUAUGCGGCCCUGUUGCCGAUCUACCAAAAGCGCAUGCGCGAGCUCUACGAUCUCCUGGUCCAGGUGAGCCGCAGCUCGAUGCCGGAGGUCUCCAUGGAUGAUGAAGCUCCAAAGACGGCAACCGGCUCCGAUGCAGCGAUCUCCACGCGUGACAUUGACCCGUACAUUUUGCGUCGGUUUGUGGACGUCUUCCACCGGAUGCACCAGGUCAACUGGACUGUCUACCCGCUGGAGCCAUAUGAUGUCGAGGUCAAGGGCGACCCGAUCUUUACAAUCCUUCAACAGCAUAACUUCCUCUAUGCCAGUGAGGACUACUUCAACAUCUCGGCCGCAUCGGCCAUUGACCGCGGGGUGAUGACCUACUUCUAUGAGACUGCCAUCGCCGAGAUGCCCUUCUUCGAGCGCCUCUACUACUCGGUCUGGCGUCACCUGGCCCCGGAGUCGCUUGGCAACCGGGCGCACAUGGCCUCGCCCAUUCGCGCGGACUUCUCUCGCAAUCACUUCCACUUCCGCCGCGGGCGCGAUUACGCCUCCUACCCGGAGCUGUCCAAGUAGCAGGGCCCUUGUCAGCGCCCUUCCUCCUCCUACUCCCGCUCGCGUGCCAGCCACUCUCCCUGGCUCGCAGGCUUUACGUCCGCGUCCCACCCACCCCACUCCUAGACCUCAAUAUACAGCUGCGCGAACACGUGAA